AUUGCAGUUUGGAUGGUCAGCACCGAUUAUAAAACAUAAAUCAAUAAUAACAGUUUCUUCUAGGAAGACGCAACAGCAUAUAUCCAUGGCGGAAACAGAGCUGAUCACGUACGCUAGCUAUGGUCCACACUUUGGCUAGGGUAAGCUAUAUAUAUUUAUAAUACUAUAGUAGCAGCAGCAUCAGCAGUAGUUGGUUGUGGCUUCUAAUAUCUCUGCUUCUCUUUUAAUGAAUUGUCUCGCUCGCACUUUGUCUCCACAUGCAACCCUCCUGUUCUUGCGCUAUGAUAAUCUUCUUUCUUUAUUGAAUAAAGAAAUGAUGCACGGCUAUUUAUUUGAUAUUCAAUGAUGAUCUAAUUGUUUCUUGCAUGUGAUGCUGCUCUCGCAAGCAAAAACAGCUCAUAUCAAUCAUCAUUUAUAAUCAUCUUUUACAUUGUCAAGAAAGAUCCCUCCGUUCUUCUACUAUUUCUUUUUUAGUUUCUUUCUUUUUUGGUCUCUCAAGAACGUAACAUACCGGCUGCUUCUGUCUUCUUUCUCCUUCUGCUUCUCCAUCAACUUUAUUAUCUGUUUCUCUUUUUUUUUUUUUUUUUUACUUGGAAAUGCAUAGUUGAAUUUCUCAACAGUUUUGGUUUAUGGGGGAGAGAGAGAUUCAGCGAUCGAUGACUUCUUGUGGGUCUUUUGCAAAUCCUGAUGCAAUCUGCAUUUGGUACAUGCAACCAGGUUUUGCAUUAGAUACUCGGCUUUUCAAUCUCAAUUUUUCUUCCACUGUUGGUUUUUCAACUUGCUGAGAGGAAAACAAGCAUGAAAAUGAACCUCCUGUUCAUUUUCUCUGCGAUUCUAUUCUUAGGAGCAGUUUCUUUACCAGCCAUUGCAGAGCCAGUUGAGGAUAAACAAGCUUUACUAGAUUUCCUUGGCAACAUUCAUCACUCCCAUUCUCUCAAUUGGAAGCAGAACUCUUCUGUAUGCAGUGAGUGGACAGGUGUGACCUGCAACGGUGAUCAGUCUAGAGUUGUGGCCCUCAGGUUGCCUGGAGAAGGAAUUCAAGGCCCAGUCCCACCAAACACUCUCAGUCGUCUCUCGGCAGUUCAGAUCCUGAGCCUCAGAUCGAAUGGCAUAUCAGGUACUUUCCCUUUAGAUUUCUCCAAACUCGAAAACUUAACCGGGCUUUAUCUUCAAUUCAACAACUUCUCAGGUCCACUGCCUUCAGAUUUCUCAAUGUGGGAGAAUCUUUCAAUUCUUGAUCUCUCAAAUAAUGGGUUUAAUGGUAGCAUUCCAACUGCAAUGUCAAAUUUGACACACCUUACCUCUUUGAACCUCGCUAACAACUCGCUUUCGGGUGUUAUUCCUGAUAUCAAUGUUCCUAGUUUACAAUCUCUAAAUUUAGCCAACAAUAAUCUCACUGGAAGCGUGCCUCGGUCUCUUUUAAGGUUUCCAAGUUGGGCAUUUUCUGGUAACGAACUUUCAUCAGAAACUGUCCUUCCUCCAGCCCUUCCAUUUCAGCCACCAAGUCCUCAACCACCAAGGAAAUCCAAGAAACUGAGUGAACCUGCAAUAUUGGGGAUUGUACUAGGCGGCUGCGUUCUUGGGUUUGUAAUCAUUGCUCUGUUGAUGGUUUGCUGCUACUCGAAGAAAGACCAGAAAGGUGGUUUACCAACAAAGUCGCAAAAGAAGGAGGGGUCUUUGAAGAAAAAUACUUCAGAAGGCCAUGACAAGAAUAAUAGGCUUGUGUUCUUUGAGGGUUGUAAUCUUGCAUUUGACUUGGAGGACUUAUUGAGAGCAUCUGCUGAAGUGCUUGGGAAGGGAACUUUUGGUACAACUUACAAGGCUGCUCUUGAGGAUGCAAACACUGUAAUGGUGAAGAGAUUGAAGGAAGUGCCUGUGUCUAAGAAAGAGUUUGAGCAGCAGAUGGAAGUGAUUGGAAGUAUUCGGCACCGAAAUGUAUCUGCACUGAGGGCAUAUUACUAUUCAAAGGAUGAGAAACUGACAGUGAGUGAUUACCAUGAGCAGGGGAGUGUUUCUGCAAUGCUACAUGCAGGUAAAAGAGGGGAAGGCAGGAUUUCUUUGGACUGGGAAACGAGGCUGAAAAUUGCAAUUGGUGCAGCAAGGGGCAUUGCACAUAUCCACACACAGAAUGGUGGCAAACUUGUCCAUGGAAACAUCAAAGGCUCAAACAUUUUCCUCAAUUCUGAGGGAUAUGGCUGCAUAUCCGAUAUCGGUUUGGCUGCAUUGAUGAGUCCAAUGCCCCCGGCAGCAAUAAGGGCUGCAGGGUACCGUGCCCCUGAAGUAACAGACUCUAGGAAAGCAACUCACGCAUCUGAUGUCUACAGUUUUGGGGUCUUGCUGCUUGAGCUUCUGACUGGAAAAUCCCCCAUGCAUUCCACAGGUGGUGAUGAGGUUGUUCACUUGGUGAGGUGGGUGCAUUCUGUGGUAAGGGAGGAAUGGACUGCUGAAGUAUUUGAUGUUGAACUUUUAAGAUACCCUAAUAUUGAGGAGGAAAUGGUAGAGAUGUUACAAAUAGGAAUGAAUUGUGUGGUGAGGAUGCCAGAACAGAGACCGAUAAUGCCUGAUGUAGUUAAAAUGGUGGAGGACAUUCGAAGAGGGAGUACCGAAAACCCACCAUCCACCGAAGUUUCAACACCGACACCACAGUCUGCAGAUGUGGCUUUCACUUCUGCUCCACCUCCCCAGUGAGAUUCUUUUGCCUGCCAUUAGCUGUCUUGACAUAUAUAUUUUUUUUCAUAAUUUCAAUUAAUUUAAAUUCAGCAAUUGGUUAUAAUUGGUUGAGCUGUUUGCGUAUCUUUAUAUUUCUGAGACUCAAAACUAGUUAGCUACCGUACUGCCUAACCCAAUUCAAGUCAAAAGGCAAGUUGGGUCCUUGGCUGUUGUAUCAUUUAGUUAGGACUUGAUUGUUAAGCAUGUGGAGUUUACUGGUUUUGCUACCUAAUGCAACCAAAUUAAAAUAUUUAUUUGUC